AAGAGGGGAAGCGAGCCGUGCACGUAAAGUUACGAGAUCCCUGGUAAUAAGUCAGUGGUUCAUACUGUUCAAGAUUAAACAAGAUUUAAUCCACAGGUGUUGGUGGGUCAUACGGACCACGUGACCUGCGUGGCGGUGUCCGUUCUCGAUAAAUCGAUAGUCGUUUCCGGUUCGAGAGAUGCAAAUCUAAUCGUCUGGGACAUAAACACAGGCAGCGACCUGCACACACUGAAGGGCCACUUGGGGUACAUAACGUGCGUGAAGCUGUCGGGCGACGGAAGCCUGGCUGCUUCCGGCAGCGAGGACAAGAGCCUGAUCGUUUGGGACACUAAAAAGGGUUGCAGCCUGAGUAGCAUCAUGCUCCACGUCCCUGUAUUGGAUUUACAAGUCGCUACUGAUCUGUCCCGACUGGCGUUGCAUUUACUCGAGCACAAGUGCAUGCCUAUCCUCUGUUUACACAACACUCCGGCGCAGUACGUGAAACUGCCGGACUACGUGGCGCCCUGGUGCGACACGAGGGACUUGAGGCCCUCCGGACCGAAGAGACCUAAUAGACGAUUGUUGAAGAAAGAAGUAUCGUUGGAUAGCGACACUUGGCAUAGGAAAUAUGGCCAUCUUACUUCAGGAACGUUGACUUCGUCAGUGGAGGAAGGCCUCCAACGUCGUUUCAGCGUGAGCGCGUCGAUGGAUGAAAUAAGUAAAGUAGGAUUAACGAGCAGUAGUUCAGGAUUGGGACCGGAGCAGGCAGCUCUAGCGCAGUCGCAGCACUUCGAUCAGCUAGAGGCGCUGUGGAAUAAACAGUCGCCUCCCGCCAGGCCUCGUCUUCAUGGCAGGACCUUGUCUAAGCAAAGUUCUCUGCAGGCUACUCGGAUAGACGAUUCCGAGGAGGAAGGCGUGCCCGAUUAAAGGUAGCUAAACGGACUAAAUCCUAAUCGUCGUAUAUUCUUCUCCUUCCACUGUCUUUCGCAAGGGAAACGAAAACGAGAAAUGGAAACCCCUGAAAGGAAACUAUAAAAAGGAGAGAGAGUACCUAUCUGUGAAAAAGCUCUGAAUUUCUCGUGUCUGAUGCAAUAAACCUAAAUCUAUCUAAAUAUAAACGAGUAUGUACAUGUAUAUCGACAUUAGUGAAUAAACGAAAUUUAUUUAUUUUCACCUCCCA